AUGACUGACUCAGAGGGUGAAGUGGAAGCAAAGAAUAGACCACCACAGAUACCUUUGAUAAAUGUUCCGAUGAUAAUUCAGGACGCUGAUGAUAAUGACUCGAACGAAUCAAGUGAUGAGGAUAUGAUGACUGCGGAGGAGGAGGAGGCAGCCAGACAAUAUCUACUUGCUGCUGGUUCAGGGCAACAAGAGGCCAGAAGGUAUGGUUAUAAAUAA